AUGGGCUAUCAGCUUUCACACAUUUUUGAAAUAGUCUUCCCCCCCCCCCCCCCCCGACUGUGGCUUCUCCUGACCCUGUCAAUGGGACCCCAGACAACCAGAACUCAAGACGUCACCCAGGAAGCCGCACUCACAUACACCUCCACACCUCCUGCAACUGGUGCUUCAACUCGCACCUCGGAAAUAAAGGACAUCCCGACAUCUCUAAGGCCUCCGUUGCACUCCGCUGCCCUCAACGCUGUACUUGCUGUUCCGGCAGAACUGAGAGCAAGUUAUAAGUAG